CAUAUGGAUCACAUCACUUGUUACCGGGUACAGGAAAGUUUUCUGGUUAAAUACGUGGGUGUUGUCCCAAUUUCACCAACACUCCACAAUUGCUAACCUUAUCCAUCGGAUUUGUGGCUGUUGAAGCUUUAACUGGGUAAUGGCUGAAGAGCUGAUUCUGCUAUCUUCUGAGUAUAGCCUUUUUGCAGAAAGGGUGAAGAUAGCCUUAGCAGAGAAGGGCAUUACAAAUUACCAACUCAGAAACGAAGACUUUAGCAAUAAGAGCCCUCUUCUUCUCCAAAUGAACCCAGUUCAUAAGCAAGUUCCUGUACUAAUCCACAAUGGCAAACCCAUUUGCGAGUCUCUGAACAUAGUCCAUUAUAUUGACGAUUUCUGGAAUCACAACUCUCCACUGUUGCCUUCUGAUCCAUAUCAACGAGCUCAUGCCAGAUUCUGGGUUGAUUACAUUGAUAAAAAGAUUUACCCAAAUGGGAGAAUGCUGUGGAGUUCUAAAGGUGAGACAAUGGAAGCAGCAAGGAAAGAACUGAUUGAAAGCUUGAAGACAUUGUACAGAGAGCUUGGUGAGAAGGCGUAUUUCAAUGGAGAGAGUUUUGGUUAUAUAGAUUUGGCAUUGAUUCCAUUCUCCAACGUAUUCUACACAUUUGAAAGCUUGGGAAACAUGAGCAUGGAAGUGGAAUGCCCCAAGCUAGUCGAGUGGGCUGAGAGAUGCUCACAGAAGGAGACUGUGUCCAAGUCUAUGUGGGAUAAGCACAAGUUCUAUGAAAUGGCUUUGCGGUUCAAAAGCAAGUGGGUGGUCGACUAAAUUAAACCAAACUACAUUGUCAGUGUUAUUGGGUUUAAACUAAACGCUUUUUACCUCUUUGAAAUGGGCUCUAGGUAUUUUGAUUGGUAACUUUGUAAAAGUAAAAUCCAUGAAUCAAAAUAAGGUUACUUGAGCCAAAAAUAAAA